AUGUUUCACGAGGAUCAAACCAAAAUUUUCAAGGGAGCAGAUUACACCACGGACAAACAUUGUGGAAAAGAUAGGGAUUACGUGCACAUGCCCCCUCGAACUUCAUAUCUUGAGGAUGCAAACUGUGCUUCAGCAGAGGGCGGAACAAGACCUAUGGUAAUUCCACGAAGCUCCACAAAUAUACUGGCAGACGAUCCCACAAGUGUGACAGAGGAGACUAUUAGUAGUUCACACUCUUCCGAGUCUCUUGGCAAUGCCGAUGAAACAUUGUCGGGUAUCGAAAGCCAAGGAAGUUCUCUGAAUUCUAAUCAUACUAAUUUAUCGAAAGCGAGUAGUAUAAAUUUGGCUCCUGGUGGCCCGAUAAGUCGAGCACGACCCUCUUUUACUCGUUAUGGGAGUUCUUAUCCACGCGGCUCAUUUGUAGGACGCAAUGGCAGCUAUAUUUCGACAUCUUUCGAUGAUGACACUGUUGAUGGAUCAAAAGAAGAAGACGGAGAUGGAGCAUUAAUUGACCAUGAAGGUCACGAUAAUGAACACAUUACCAAGAUACGGCCGAUAAAUGAAAGCGCCAUUGAAGACGAAGAGACAGAAAGGAUACCGAGACCGACAGAACCCAUUGCUAUCGCUCAACCAAUGGUGAGAAAUUUAUCCUCCAAGUAUUUCGAAGAAAGUCUUAAAGGUGAUGAUUACCUACAACAAUUCACUCCAUAUCAUAACACGCCAACAUCCGUAUCUAAUUCAUACUCCAAUAACCCUAUUUCAUUGCCCAGUGCACCAUCUAAUAUUUCACCCGUACCUUUGGAUGAACAAGAUCCCCAAGCGAAAGAAGAAGAAGAUGCCAAGCUUCUAGAACUCGCGCAAUUCCCCACAGAUCGUCUAUUGCAAAUGCUUACAGCGCUUCUCAACCAAAUAGUUAGUUCUAACGAUCAACUACGCCAAGAUAAACCAGCGGAACCAGAGAAGGACUCCGCGAGCAAAUACAGAUCAGAAGUACUGAGCUUUCGCGGCAAGCACGUUCCUGCUAUUACUUUGGAACAAUAUUUCCAGCGGAUUCAAAAGUAUUGUCCCACUACUAACGACGUUUUUCUGUCGCUUCUGGUUUAUUUCGACAGGAUUGCCAAAGCAUGCAACCAUGACAUGGAUCAAAUGUUUGUGAUGGACUCCUACAAUAUUCAUCGAUUAAUUAUUGCUGCCGUUACGGUCAGCACCAAAUUUUUUAGUGACUUUUUUUACAGCAAUUCGCGUUAUGCUAGAGUUGGUGGCAUCUCGUUACAAGAAUUGAACUACCUAGAACUACAGUUUCUAGUCUUGUGUGACUUUGAGCUUAUCAUUGGAGUAGAGGAGUUACAGAAGUACGGUGAUCUUCUGUAUGAGUUCUGGCAGCGCGAGAACUCUGAUUAA